ACUAUUAGCUAUUUCUGGCUGCAUGGAGUUGCAGAUGACGUCACUCUUCAACGCUGACAUCACACAGUGGGAAGAGGAGCUGUGGGUUUCUAUAAAAGCAGUGACACCUUUGAGUCCAAUCAAGGCCACAGAGAGAUGCGCGUAAACCUAAGAGGUACACCGCGAGGCUGUCAUUAUUUAUUUAGUGAACCCUCUGUAUGCGCAGCGGGUGCACACAACUCUUAUGGAAAAGCGAAGUGUAGACUUUAAGUUUGUGGAACCACUCGCACUUGUCAACCUUUCAGACAUGAAUGAUUCACUGCUGAACGUGGGUUUGAAUGUGUCAGAAGUGCUCGUGCCUUUCGCCAACAGCUCGUCUUUGAGUUUGGACUAUCGCUCUCUCAUCACUUCGGCCACUAUGUUUGGUGUCGGGGUCCUCGGAAACCUCGUGGCGAUCGUAGUGCUUUGCAUCUCCAAAAAGGAGCAAAAGGAGACCACCUUCUACACUCUGGUGUGUGGGAUGGCCAUCACGGACCUGUUGGGCACCUGUUUCACCAGUCCGGUGGUCAUCGCCACAUACAUCGCGGGCAGGUGGCCGGGCGGAGCGCUCCUGUGCCAUUUCUUCUCCUUCUCCAUGCUGUUCUUCGGCUCGGCUGGCAUGUCUAUUCUGUGCGCAAUGUCAGUGGAGAGAUAUCUGGCCAUAAACCACGCGUACUUCUACUCGCAGCAUGUGGACCGGGCCAUGGCUCGGUUCGCGUUGAUGGCGACGUACCUGGCCAAUAUCGUGCUGUGCAUCAUGCCCAGUUUUGGUUUUGGAAAGCACAAGCGACACUUUCCUGGAACUUGGUGCUUCUUGGACUGGCGCGCCAUGGACCCUGUCGGCGCAUCGUACACGUUUCUGUACGGAGGUUUCAUGCUGCUCUUAAUCGCUGUCACCGUUCUGUGUAAUUUUGCCGUGUGUCGUUCACUGGUCGGGAUGAGUAAAAUGAGUCGCAUGGUGAGGGCAGAGGUAUCCGGACACACAGGGUCCAGGCGCAGAUUCAAACUGACAUCUGCAGCAGAGAUCCAGAUGUUCUGGCUGCUAAUUUUCAUGACCAUCGUGUUCCUGAUAUGCUCCAUCCCUUUAGUGGUGCGCAUUUUCAUUAACCAGCUGUAUGAUCCGGCUUACAUAUCAUCAGGCAGAAGUCCAGACUAUCGCAGUGAUCUCCUGGCCAUUAGAUUUGCCUCCUUCAACCCUAUCCUGGAUCCAUGGGUUUAUAUUCUGUGCAGGAAAAACUUAUUAACCAAAGGCUGCACACGACUCAAGCCUACUAUUGGACUGAGGAAAGGGGACCAUAGUCGUGUUUUGGGUUGGAUGGAUGGUCAGCACUCACCUCAGUCAUUUGCCCAAAGCAACUGCACAAGCUACGCAUCAUUGCGCACGGCCAUCUGUAGAAACGACGUGGGUAAACAGACCAGAACGAACACUAAAUCUUAUGUGGACUUAACCCUUCGCCAGGCAUGGGACUUUGAUACAGCUCUGGCUGAGUUUCAUCCUUUCAGCAUCGAGCAGAAUGGUGUCAUGGGGUUUGAUGAGGAUGAAGGAGCAUCAAGCCCCAAACUCCUCGCCAAGACUGUUGUGGUGCUACCAACCGUUCAGAUAUUAGAAAAUAAGGCUGAAAUAGUAACCUGCACUUUCAGUACACCAAGUUCAUGUGUAUCAGAAAAGUGCUUGAGACAAUGACCUAGAUGUCAGUCUGGAUUUAUUCUGUAAAGCACUGUGAGGAAAAAAGAAGACUUUUUGUCUUUUCUGUGUUAGUUUACAUUCACAAAUAAUUCUGUGAAUUUGCUUUUGAUCUGGAAUGAUCCAAUUUUAGGAUUAAACUAAAAAGGGAAGACACUUGUAUGUCUAUGUUUUGUCAGAUAACAUGGAUGUUGGUUAUCUAAAUGUUGUAUACAGUAUGUUGCUUCCAUCUUCCUUCCUUCUGUGCUGUGCCAUGCUGCAUGCUGGGUCGUACUUGACUGUGACUUGUAAAACUGUGAAUAAUUCAUUAA